AUGGCAGGCGGCGACAUGCUUCCACUCCCGCCGCAUUUCCACCCGCUUCAGGAGCUCUGGCCGUCGCUCUUCACCCCCUCCGCGCUCUCGCUGCCAUCGCAGCAGCUCGCCGAGUCCCUUUUCGACGUCGCAGGCUUCGCCGUCUUCGCGACGCUCUACGCGUUCGCGAUCUCGUUCGUCUUCCCAUGCCCCCCGCAUCAGCCACUCCUGCUAGGAAAAAUGUCUCUGCAAAUGAGAAGAUACAUUAAUUUCGCAGGAGUGAUGGGAGUGCUGUGGCCGCUCGCCCUAAUAGCGUCCGGUUACUACCUGCGAAAGAGCAUCCCUGAAUUCACGUGGGCUCUCUCACUCGUCCUCCCUGACAUGCUGCUGCUCGUCAUCCAGAACAUUCAAGUUCUUCCUCCGCUAGGCCAUCCCCGAAUUCACCUGGGCUCUCUCCCUCGUCCUCUCUGGUAUGCUGCUGCUCGUCAUCCAGUGCCUCACCCUUCCUCCUCGUGUGAUGAGUCGAUUUUUGAGUCGACUCAAAACUCGGCGCAUGCUCUCACUUUACAAGUGCCUCACCCUUCCUCCUCGUGUGAUGAGUCGAUUUUUGAGUCGACUCAAAACUCGGCGCAUGCUCUCACUUUACAAGUGCCUCACCCUUCCUCCUCGUGUGAUGAGUCGAUUUUUGAGUCGACUCAAAACUCGGCGCAUGCUCUCACUUUACAAGUGCCUCACCCUUCCUCCUCGUGUGAUGAGUCGAUUUUUGAGUCGACUCAAAACUCGGCGCAUGCUCUCACUUUACAAGUGCCUCACCCUUCCUCCUCGUGUGAUGAGUCGAUUUUUGAGUCGACUCAAAACUCGGCGCAUGCUCUCACUUUACAAGUGCCUCACCCUUCCUCCUCGUGUGAUGAGUCGAUUUUUGAGUCGACUCAAAACUCGGCGCAUGCUCUCACUUUACAAGUGCCUCACCCUUCCUCCUCGUGUGAUGAGUCGAUUUUUGAGUCGACUCAAAACUCGGCGCAUGCUCUCACUUUACAAGUGCCUCACCCUUCCUCCUCGUGUGAUGAGUCGAUUUUUGAGUCGACUCAAAACUCGGCGCAUGCUCUCACUUUACAAGUGCCUCACCCUUCCUCCUCGUGUGAUGAGUCGAUUUUUGAGUCGACUCAAAACUCGGCGCAUGCUCUCACUUUACAAAGCUCUUGUUCCCCCACUCUACAACGCCCAGCGCACGUUCUCUCUCUCUACAAGUGGCUCACGCACUCUGCUGCUGCCUUCACUCACUUUCUCUCUUCUCCCUUACCCCCUUCUCCUUCCCAUAUCCAACCCCCAACAUAUUCCGCCUGCAGAGCUCUCGUCCCUCCCCUCUACAACGCCCGGCGCAUGUUCUCUCUCUACAAGUGGCUCACUCAUUCCGCUGCUGCUGUGCUCCCUCUCAUCCUUUCAAGCACUGCAAGGGCGGGCAGUGGCAGCGUGUGGCGCCUGGUGUGGCUGGGAGCGCUGGUAGCAUGUGCAGGUGCGUUGGCUGUGCUGCGAUGGGUGUUCAGUUGUGUGUUUAUGGUACUGGGAGCAAGCACUGAAAGGGUAGGCAAGUGCAGCGUGUGGCACCUGGUGUGGCUGGGAGCGCUGGUAGCGUGUGCAGGUGCGUUGCCUGUGCUCCGAUGGGUGUUCACUUGUGUGUUUAUGGAACUGGGAGCAAGCACUGCGAGGGCGGGCAGUGGCAGUGUGUGGCGCCUGGUGUGGCUGGGGACGCUGGUAGCGUGUGCAGGUGCGUUAACUGUGGCGGCAGCUGUGAACAAAUUUCUGUGGGGUGGGUGGGCGUACGUGCUCUGCUGCCUGCUUGCCCUGCUCGGUGAAUUACCUGUUGUGGGCCCACAACGUGUUCUGCUUCCUGCUGCCCACCGUCGUGCCUCACACAAACCUACCCACGUGCUCGUGUCUCCCUCUUCCCCCCUUCCUCUCCCCCCUCACCCCAGUGGUGAACUAUCUCUUGUGGGCCUACAACGUGUUCUGCUUCCUGCUGCCCGCCGUCGUGCCUACUGCCUCAAUGAGCCCUAUGCCCCACACCCUCAACCCCUCCCCACACCCUCAACCCCUCCUCACACCACACCCUCUCCUCGCCUCCCCUCCUUUCCCCACUCAGCGGUGAACUACCUUCUGUGGGCAUACAACAUAUCUGCUUCCUGCUGCCCACCGUCGUGCCUCGCACCUAUCUGUGUGUCCUGCUUGUGUUUCCCUCUCUCCAAACCCAUCCGCCCACUCUUCUCCCCAUCCGCCCUCCUCUACGCAGCUGUGAACUACCUGCUGUGGGCGUACAACAUCUUCUGCUUCCUGCUGCCCACCGUCGUGCCUCGCACCUAUCUGUCUGUGAACUACCUGCUGUGGGCGUACAACAUCUUCUGCUUCCUGCUGCCCACCGUUGUGCCUCACAGACACCUAUCCAUUUUGCUUGCUCCUGUCUCCCUCUCCCCCUCACCUCCUCUCCUCCAAAUCCCAGCUGUGAACUACCUGCUGUGGGCGUACAACAUCUUCUGCUUCCUGCUGCCCACCGUUGUGCCUCACAGACACCUAUCCACUUGCUCCUGUCCCCUCUCCCCCUCACCUCCUCUCCUCCAACUCCCAGCUGUGAAUUACCUGCUGUGGGCGUACAACAUCUUCUGCUUCCUGCUGCCCACCGUCGUGCCUCGCAUCUUCGAGCAGGACAUUACAUCGCGCGCAGCGGCUAGUGGCACAGAUAGAGUGGAAGCAGUGGGUGGUAGCAGCGGUGGUAAAGGAAAGAAAGGUGGAAAGAGUCUCUAG